CUUUUAAUGUCACUGUGAAGCCUAAAAGGACACCAUUUCCGUGGGAUACGAAUAUAAAUGAGAGCUCCAUUGACGAGCUUAAGAGAAAGAUUACUGUAACUUGGGCUGACAUUGAAGAUGUCAAUGAGGCCACAUUGGCGAUUUCCGUAGACACUCAAAAACUCAUUAUAACGGAUGAUUCGGAUUUGCGAAAAACGUUAAAGGUUAUGGCGAUAGCUGGAACCCUAAGUUUUAACGUUUCCCUCGAGACGUUGUCAAAGGCUUUCACUGAUUUCAAAUUCCAAGAAGUUUGUCACUUGUUUGGCAUCGUUGAAGGCGAAGAUCCCGCUAUAAGUGCAUUCCCGAUGUUUAAUUGUGAUAAAAGAACGAUACGUGGGGAUCCAGUAGCCGAACAACACCUAGCGCAUCUGAUCAAUGAUUUGAUGGCACUAAAUGACACGACCGACCUCGACUUGACAAACGAGGCAACCCGUUCCCUAUAUGUCAGGUCCUUUCUUGUCGCAGCAGUUCGUUGUUUCAAAGAUCAUAUCGUUCUCAGGCCUCAAAAGAAACUUCGUGGAAGGCAUGGUCAUGGGCCUGUAGACUUUGCUCUUGAGUCUCGUCACACAAGUGCAACAGUAGGUGUUACUGAGAUCAAAAGAGACGAUCUCAAAAAAGGGAUUGCUCAGAACGUGGUCCAGCUUGAAGCAUGCUUG